CAGUGCCUGGGAAAUAUAAUCAGCUCACAUUUCACAGCAACCAACCUGCGGGAUAAGUCACAUCACUGAGGCCUCGGACAAUGCUGAAGGCGCUGAACUUUCUCCUUAUCCCUCUGCUACUGGCUGGGGCAGCCGACAAGGACAAUCCCGAAAAAGGGGGGAAUAACGGGAAUUUUUUGGAGGAUGAGCAAUGGCUGUCGGGCGUUUCUCAGUACAGCCAGCAGAUCAGAGACUGGAACCGGUUCAGAGACGAAGUGGAGGAUGACUACAUCAGAAGCUGGGAUCAGAAGCCUUUUGAUGAAGCACUGGAUCCCACCAAGGACCCCUGUCAAAAGGUGAAAUGCAGUCGACACAAAGUGUGCGUCUCCCAGGGCCAGCUGAGGGCCAUGUGCAUUAGCCGCAAGAAACUACAGCACAGAAUCAAGCAGUCUUCUUUGGGGCAUGAGGAUAGCACCUGCAAACCAUGCCAAGCAGUUCAAACAUCCCCUGUGUGUGGCUCAGAUGGGCACACUUACUCAUCACAGUGUAAGCUGGAUCUACAGGUAUGUCUGACUGGGAAACAGCUCAGCCAGCAGUGUGAAGGCAAAUGUCCAUGUCCAACAGACCGUACUCCGACCUCUGACCCCAGGAGCAAAUCAGCUGGCUGCACAGGCCAGGAUCUGGCAGAUCUCGGCGACCGACUAAGGGAUUGGUUUCAACUACUGCAUGAAAAUGCCAAACAGAAUAGUUCAGGGAGCCCUGGGAGCGUGUCUGAUGUGUUGGAUAAAAGUAUGGUGGCCAGCUGUAGAGAUUCGAUUGGAUGGAUGUUUUCCAAGCUGGAUACAGAUGUGGACCUAUUCCUGGAUGAGGCGGAGCUUGCAGCCAUCAACCUGGACAAAUACGAGGUCUGCGUGAGACCUUUCUUCAACUCCUGCGACACCUACAGGGAUGGACACGUUUCCAUGGCGGAGUGGUGCUUCUGUUUCUGGAGAGAAAAGCCCCCCUGCCUGGCUGAGCUUGAGAGGAUACAACUGCAAGAGGCAGUGCGGAAAGUGCCUGGUACUUACAUUCCCAGUUGCGAUGAGGAUGGUUACUAUAGGAAGCUCCAGUGCAAUACUUAUUCUGGCGAGUGUUGGUGUGUUGACCAGCAAGGUGGUGAGGUGACAGGAACUCGGGUUAAAGGAGACCCUGACUGUGAUGAUUUGAUCAGUUUCUCUGGUGAUUUUGGCAGCGGAGUUGGUUGGGAGGAUGAGGAAGAGAAAGAGGCAGACGAGACUGCAGAAGAAACAGAGGAGGAAGAGGGUGAAGCCGGGGAGAUGGACGGUGGUGGUUACAUUUGGUAAAGCAGCAACAGCAGUACGAUAAGCACUGCUAAAUAUUUGGCCCUUGUUUUCCACCCUUCAUGAAGCACCUUUACUCUUUCUGAUUAACUCAUCCUCUGUCACACAAUGUACACUACCAGUUUCCAGUGACAACUAGUGAAUAUGUAAUUCACACUACUCACUGCACCACUCGAUAUUGCUUUAUCACACUGACACUAAGGGGCACAAAAAGUUACCGGCAGUGAGUGGCCAGGCUCCCCUGUGAUGUUGCUGACCAGGACAAACAUACCAUUUUAUACUUCACAGUACAGAAUGCAUCGCAGUCAAAGCAGAGGGACAGGGGGAGAGGUCUGAGGGAGUCAUUGCUGUCGGAGACAUUUGAGCAUCAAUACAGUGAAAUCGAGAGGGAGGUGACAGCUGUUCAUUCUAAAGUAACGUUAGUGGAAGGUGUAGUGAGCAAUAUCAGUUCCUCAACCCACCCUCCCUUCACCCACCACACCCUCACUCACCUCACCUACCCCCCCCUCACCCACCUGCCUCUCACCCACUGCACCAUCAGUCACCAUUCUUUUACCCACCAUCCUGUCACCCACCAUCCUCUUAGUCACUGCAGCCCUCAUGCACUGUCUUACAAUGUCAGUCCCUCGCCCAGUGCCCUUUCGACACCGCCCAUCCGUGUGUGCCAGUAAUUACGGCAUUUCUAUAAGUUUGCAUUAAAUUUGACGUGAAACUCUGAUUACUUCCAAAGUGGGGAAUAAAUCACACUCCGCAUGGUGCAACAUUUCUGCUGAGUGUUUAAUGUGGGAGAGGGAGCAGGGAGAGGCAGUGGUGUAGUGGUAGUGUCACUGGGCUACUAUUCCAGAGACCAGGGUAAG